AUGAGCCCCUCUCGUGCGUCGUCUUUGGAGUUCCCGGGGACACCCUCUGGUUCUCUGGUCGGUCUCAACGCGGCGCUGCGCAAGUCCGUGGAGUCGGCACUCAGCCAUGGCAACCUCUUCACAACACACGCACCCUUUGAUGCACCACUCAUGGAUGGGCCCCUGGGCCAUGAGGGCGGCGGCGGCGAUGAAGGCGAGGAGGCAUCAAUGCUGUCGCCGUUGGCGCGCGAGCCGGCUUGCAAAGGCGAUGGCUCGCAGGCCACCUGGGCAGACGCAGUGGCAGAGAUCCGCAGGCUGCUGUCUCUUGCGGUCCCGCUGGUGCUGCAGUCGAUGGCCUCGAUGCUGCUGACCCUGGUGUCCACGGUCUUUGUGGGGCGCCUCAACGACGCGGUGGCGCUGGGGGGAGUGGUGCUGGCCAGCAGUGUCUACAACGUGACGGGGAUCAGUAUGGUCAUAGGGCUUUCAAGUGCGCUAGACACGCUGUGUGGUCAGGCGUAUGGUGCGCGGCAGUACAAGCUGCUGGGGGUGUACCGCCAGAGGGCGCAGCUCAUCUGCUGGACCCUGUGCCUGCCCAUCGCAGCCGUCUGGCUCAACGCCCAUUCCUUGCUGCUAGCGAUAGGCCAAGAGCCGGCAAUUGUUGAUGUGGCCGCCCGCUACAUGCACAUCCUCACGCCGUCGCUCUUCAUAUCUGUGGUGUCGGACACGUGCCGCCGCUACCUGCUGGCGCAGCGCGUGGUGGUGCCGGGGAUGGUGGCCUCCAUUGCCACCGUGAGGCCCGCGGGCUGGAAAGGGGGACUGCUGUUCCCGUGA